AUGAAGAUCAAGACAAUAAGUAGGUCAUCAGACGCCUAUGUUCCAGUGAGGAACACUGAGGAGUCUGCCAUUCCCAGAAACUUAAACCCUGCACUGCAUCCAUUUGAAAGAGCAAGAGAAUAUACGAAAGCUUUGACUGCUACAAAGUUGGAAAGAAUGUUUGCCCAACCUUUCAUCGGACAACUAGGUAAAUCCCAUAGGGAUGGUGUUUACACUCUUGCAAAGAACUUUAAAAUCGUAAACAGGGUUGCCUCCGGAAGUGGUGAUGGUGUAAUCAAAUAUUGGGAUUUGACUAGUAGAGAUGAAAUAGUCAGCUUCAAGGCCCAUUAUGGUAUGGUAUCUGGCUUAUGUGUUACCCCCUCGCAAAAGUUGCUGAGUUGUGGUGAUGACAAGACAAUCAAGAUGUGGAACAUAAAUAAUGAAACGAUGUAUGGCCAAAAUUUGACGGAUGACCAAGAGACUAAAGUUUCUUCGCAAGGUCUAGUCAAGACCUACCUGGGAGAGCAUAGUUUCAAAACCAUCGAUCACCAUAGAGAAAAUGAUGUUUUCGUCACAGGGGGACGUCGUAUAAAUUUAUGGGACGUUAAUCGCAAAAGCCCUGUUUCUGAUCUUAGUUGGGGAGCUGACAAUAUUGUCAGUGUCAAAUUUAACAUGUCAGAGACGUCUGUUAUAGCAUCUACCGGGUCAGACAAUUCUAUUGUACUAUACGACAUCAGGACUAAUUCUCCCACACAAAAGGUAAGAACUUCCAUGCGCUCCAAUGCAUUGUGUUGGAACCCUAUUGAACCUUUCUCCUUUGUCAGUGCUUCUGAAGACCAUAACUGUUACUUAUGGGACAUGAGAAACCUAUCAAGAUCCUCAAACAUUUACAAAGAUCACGUCUCUGCAGUCAUGGACGUCGAUUUCUCACCAACAGGCCAAGAGCUAGUUACCGGCUCGUAUGAUAAAACUAUAAGAAUUUAUGAAACCACUAAAGGUCAUUCCAGAGACAUCUAUCAUACCAAGCGAAUGCAACAUGUUUUCGUUACCAAAUUUUCUAUGGACUCCAAGUACAUCCUCUCGGGAUCAGACGAUGGAAACGUGAGAUUGUGGCGAAGCAGAGCGUCUGAAAGAUCUGGUGUGAAAUCUAGUCGACUCAAGACUAGACUGCAUUACGACGACAAAUUGAAGGAAAAGUUUGCUGCUUUACCUGAAGUUAGAAGAAUUGCAAGACACAGGCAUCUUUCACAAGUCAUCAAGUCUGCUCAAGAGAUUAAGAGAACUGAACUGCAAUCCUUGAAGAGAAGAGAAGAAAAUGAGAGAAAACACAGCAAGCCAGGAACUGUUGUAACCAAGCCAGAGAAGGAGAAACACAUUGUUGGAACCGUUCACAAAAAGUAA